AUGAGUUCUUCCACUUCAGCUCCACCAACAAAAUCAAGACGUCAAUUCAAUAAACCUAGAAGACCAGAGAAUCAACAAAACAAAAAUCAAAAAAAUGGUUCAUGGAAACGUACUUUUGCUAGAGAUGGUCCUAAAGCAGAUGAAGAUGAAGAUUUAGAUGAAACUGAACAAUGUGUCAUUUGUGCUAAUAAGAUUGAAGUCGCUGCAAAAUCCGGUUGUAAUCAUGUUACAUGUCAUGUUUGUACUUUCCGUCAAAGGGCUUUAUAUGAUAAGAAAUCAUGUUUGGUUUGUAGAACUGAAAAUUCAAAAUUGAUAUUCACUGAAAAUGUUUCUAAACAAUUUAAUGAGUUUUCAAAUGGUGAUUUUGUUAAAUUUGAUGAAAAAUUUGGUAUUGAAUUUACUUCCCAAUUUGCUGCUGAUUUAACUUUAGGUUUAUUACAAAAUAAAUGUUUAUUAUGUGAUGAAAUAUUUCAAAAUUUUAAUCAAUUAGAAGAACAUGUUAAAGAUGAUCAUGAAAGAUUUUUCUGUACAAUUUGUUCAACAAAUAAAAAGGCAUUUCCAACAGAAUUCAAAAUAUAUAGUGCUAAACAAUUACAAAAUCAUCAAACAAGAGGUGAUGAAAAGGGAUUUGAUGGUCAUCCAGCGUGUCGUUUUUGUAAAGGGAAAAGAUUUUACUCUGAAGAUGAAUUAUUAAUCCAUAUGAGAGAACGUCAUGAAAGAUGUCAUGUUUGUGAUCAAUUAGAUUCUUCAAAUCCUCAAUAUUUUAAAAAUUAUCCAGCUUUAGAAGAUCAUUUCAGAAGUGAUCAUUACAUUUGUAAUGUUCAAGCAUGUCUUGAUAAGAAAUUUGUUGUUUUUGGAGAUGAAUUUGAAUUACAAGCUCAUAUGAUUAGUGAACAUGGUGGUGUAUUUGGUACUAAUAUGGUGGUGGGUGCUAACUUUAGAGAAACCAAUAAUAAUAGAUAUCAUUCACAAUUAUCAACAUUUCGUCCUGUUAAUAAUAAUAGAAAUAAUAACAAUAAUCAAAGUAAUAACAAUAAUAGAAAUAAUAAUGGUGGAUCAUCACAGGAUCAAAACGAUUCAAUUGAAACUAAACGUAUGCGUCUUGAAGAAAGAGCAAGACAUUAUUUAAAUUAUUCCACAAAUGAAUUCAAAGAAUUUCAAGAUUUGAAUCAACUUUUCAAAAAUCAUGAAUUAUCAUCAUCACAAUUAUUAUUAUCAUAUCAAGCAUUAUUUAAAUCAAAUCCAGAAAAUGAUGUUUAUUUAUUAUUAUUUGAAUUAUCUGAAUUAUAUCCACAAAAAUCCCCAGAACGGUUAGAAUUAUCCAAGAUUGUUAAAGAUCAUGAAAAUCGUAAUAAAGAUAUAAUGGACUUCCCAGCAUUACCAGGUUCUUCAAAUUCAUUAAAUGUUUUUGGUGCUUCAUGGGGUGCUGGUGGUUCAGGUUCAAGAUCAAACUCAAAUUCAAAUCUUUCCAAAACAAAGAAAAAGGCAUCAUUAGAUGAUCAAUUUCCUGCAUUACCUUCAAGUUCAUCAGUCCCAACAUAUACCCCUGCACAAACAAAUGUAAGGUAUAGAACUGUUUUAAAACCAAAAACUAAGACACAAGUUACAAUCAAUUCAACUCCAUCAAACUAUGUACCAAAUUAUUUAGCACCAAAACCAAAAACAUCAACACCUCCAACAUCAAGAGCUACACAAAAACCAAAAUUAAAUGAUUCACAAUUUCCUGCUUUACCAAGUGCUGCACCAAAGAAAGUUAUACCGAGAGUUAAUCCUGUCCCUGCUGGUAAUGGUGCUUGGGAUGUUGGAUCAAGUUCAAAUCCAUCAUCAAGUGCUUCAUCAUCAUUAAACCUAAAUGAAUUGGGUAAUGCUUUACCAACAAAUAAUGGGAAUGGUGGUAAGAAAAAUAAAAAGAAGAAACAAAUUUUAUUUUCAAUGGGUGGUAAUUAG